UACAAAGGGGAUUAAAGUGUGUACUGUGUGCUUGCUGCAGGGGUAAUAGGGACGGAACAAACAGAAGACGGCACGUUAAAACGCUGGAAUGAUUGCAUUGUUUGUGUAACUUCUACUAAUGUAACGGGUGCGUAUUUCCACGGAAUAUUAUAGUUUUUUUUAGCACAUUAUUUGUUUGCUUCAUGUUGCCUAGGCAGAGGGGAUAUGAAAGGAAGGGUUGUUUGGAGCAGUGGAACAAAAGAGUGUUCUUUCGCUCGGUGUUGACCAUUGUCAGGGCGCUUGAAUCAGUUAUCAGAGGCCCUAUAUUUGUAAUUUCUUGUGGCGGGUUUCUUGAUUUAAAUUGGUGUUCAAACUUGGUCACAUUUAGUUUUAAGCAGAUGUCGACAAAACCUUUGUAUUUUGUUAUUAUUGAUUAACAAUACGAAUGUGGGAUAAUCAACAACUUGCGUAAUGAUUAGUUGUUACAAUACACAUUCUUUGUAUGAAAUAGAUUCUGUUGACAAAUAGUUUUGUAGGCCUAGAUGUAGAAUUAAGCGGGGAGGAAAGUAAACAAACAAUUUCGAAAGUGGUCCAGAUAUUCUGCUGGAAUCAUUCUCCGCUGCGUAAAAUUUUCCCAGAUUCAUCAACGACAUGAUUGGUCAUUCACUUUUUAACUAUUUUAUUUUUGUAUAUAUCAGUACCGACUCCUGCAUGAUGUCAGUCAACAUUUGACAUAUAAAUAUCUAAUUUUAUUUACUCGCAUUCGAAUAUUAUUAUUCCCUGUAGGUAAGGGAGACGCUGAGGGGCUGAAUGCGCAACCAGGUGCAGGCUCGCUUCCAGUCAUGACCUCGGGGAAUGGGAACAAUGCGCCAACGGUUACCGGCAGCACCCCGCAUAAUGGCGAGAGCAAACCGCCCCAGGCAAUAGUGAAACCCCAGAUCCUCACCCACGUCAUUGAGGGAUUUGUGAUCCAGGAGGGAGCCGAGCCUUUCCCUGUAAGUAGUAGGAUAAUGAAGAAGCUUUCCAUCCACUGGGCACAUGGCUGUUCAGAAACACACAACACAUUUGUGAGGUGGGCCAGUUAGCCCUGUCCAUGAGACGGAGUACACUUCCCUCUAGUGGACAAAAUUAGACUAAAACCUCCAUUCUGCACUGUUCAACAUUUUACUAUGGGUGUAAGCAGCAUGUGUGAAGUGUCUGUCCUUUCAGGUGGAACGUCCGUUGUCGUUGCUGAUCGAGAACCUGAAGAAACACAAACAGCAAACACAUUCUGACUCAGAGAAGACUACCUCCUUCAAUAACGCCACAGACUCUGAGAUGGAGGACUUAUCACACCAAGGUAAAGGGCCAGCCAGGAGGACAUAGGACUGCACAAUGAAUCGAAUUCACAUCAAAAUUGCAAUACUGACGUGCCAUAUCCCAUAUUGCAAGAUAUCCAUAUCGCAUGCAAUAUUUUGAAAUGCUACUCAGCCGCGUGUAAAGUCAGUUUUUAUAGUUUACUCCGUUUGUCGUCUCUCUCCCUCUCAUCUUGCGGCUGCUUCCCACACAUACCAAGCCCUGCCCACUGUCACGCAAGCAGCGCAGUUCCUCCUCCUCGCUGUUAGAGUCACUAUAAGUUUGCAUGAUGUUCUUAUAGGUCAAAUGCAGUCAGCAGAUUGUACCAAACAAGAAUGAUGCUACUUUCCACUUUAUGUUUUAAUAUAAAUGUCUAUUUCUAUGAUUCCAGUUCACCCAAGUAUUUUGAUCUAUAUCGCAAGUCAAGUUUUUUUGCCCAUAUCGUGCAGCCCAAGGAGGACAUCUUGCUUGGCCCACUCUAUAAACCCAGAAGUUUCUCAUUGUGUCAUUGGCUACCUGGCUUCAGAAUCCCACCUCUGCUGGAAUUUCAUUGGCUCAUUGUUUCACAAUUGUUUGCACAAAUUGGCACUUGGAUAUGUAGCCAUGCCACUCACUCACUGCCUGUCAUGCCAACUGGGAUUCAGUGUUAAUACCCACCUUAUUUUUUACCACUGCAUCCCUGGUUCCCAUUUGUUGAUGUGUUGCUGGGCAGAGCUGAAGCAGCAGGAGGAGCCCACCCUGACGUGUGAGCUGUGUGGCAGAGUGGACUUUGCCUACAACUUCAAGAGAUCCAAGAGGUUCUGCUCCACAGUGUGUGCCAAACGGUAAGGCCUGGGUAGAGAAGAUGCUGGGACUGAGAUCUGGGGUGUAUUCAUUAGGAACCAAAUGGAACGCACGGAAUGUAACAGGGAGGGACUAUUUGAACUUGUCCAAUUUUCUUUUCCCAUUGUAAAAGGUUUUGCUAAGGUGUGGUCUAAUGCAGUGGUUGCCAAACUGUGGGGCGCGGCCCCUAGUCCGGCUUUAAACUUGAAAGUUGUAAUAUUAGAAUGCACAAGGUGCAAUUUUGAAAUUGGGUUGUGCAUCAUCAGUUCCUCUUCAUGUUAGUCAUUGCAUACCUUAGAGCUAUUUAGAACUUGUCUAGAUCAGCUAGCCCAUGUCGGCUAACGUUUUCUUUUUUGCCCAUAGAUAUUGCAAAUUUUUUUGUCAACCAAAUACAGUAUCACAUGAAUACACAUCAGACAUGGCAAAAUGUAUAGAAUUGCAAGAACAUUUGCUGUAAAACUGCAAAAUGUUAUUUGCACCCCAUGACAAAAUGUGUAGAAUUGCAGGAAAUGAGCUUCAAACCUGCAAAGUUCUCUCCACCAACAAGAGGGAUGUGAACAGUUUGUGUCAUGAACAGUGCUUGUGCCCAUAGAAAUAGACGUGGUGCGUGCAGGGGUGACGCGGGAUGUUCCCCAAUGCUGGAAGGGGGGCCCAGAGUGAAAAAGUUUCAAAAUGACAUGUUUGUCAGCAGUUGUUGCUGUAGUAUCUGCAGCAGUAGUACACAUGUACGUGCAGAAAUAACAAAUGAAUAGCUUGUUCUUUACUUUAGCCUAUAAUUUGUUUCUCCGAUUUGUUUUGAGUAGAUCCACAAUUAAACGGCUUGCUCAGCUUCUGACAUACUUGAUUACCCAAGUUACUUGUUGAUACAUUGUCCACCCCCCCCCCACCUCAUUUCAUUUUUGUGCAGGUAUAAUGUGGGGUGUACAAAGCGAAUGGGCCUCUUUCCAAAUCGACAAACCACCAUGGAGAAACUGAAGAAGCAAAGAAUGUUGGAUGGAAACCAACAGAAGUCAAGUUCAGAAACCAAAAAACAGGUGAAACGGCACUGUUCAAAAUAGAGAAUAAAUACGUUAUUUGACUUUAAAAACGUAUUUCCGUUGAGGCCCUCUUUCUGGCUAGAAUGGCAAGGCAGGUUGAAGCAAACCUGUCCCAUAUGAUAACUUAAAAGCUAAACCCUUCCUGUGUUUUCAGACUCCCACCACUGGCCAACAAACUGGCGGUGGGUCGUUGACGUCCAGCCACCCCUCUCACGGGGAGUCCAGCCAGUGUUCGGACAUGUCCAGCUACGAUGGUCCCCCUUCGCCCCCCCUGUCUGCUGCCAGCUUCGGUGCUUCCAGGCCCCAGGUGGGCGGAGGGCCUGAGCACAUGGAGGGCUAUGGACAAAAGCUGCCCCUCCUCUCCCAGCACUUCCUGCCCAGCAACCCAGCCAAGUGGAACGUGGAGGACGUCUACGAGUUCAUCUGCUCCCUGCCAGGUUGGCACUGCCACAUUUGCCACAUACCCCAACAGAUGCUUAAUAUCAGCCAAAAUGGUGGAGUAGCAGUCCCAUACAGCAGUGGUCACCAACAUUGUUAUUGGAUAUGCAGGGUGUGCAGGCUUUUGUUUUGCCCAGUAGUUAAACACACCUACUUCAGCCAACAAACUUUAGUCUUUUGAUUAGUUCAAAUCCAAAUUAAAUCAAACUUUAGUUAAAGAGGCUAAAGUUUCAAAGUUUAUUUUGCACAUGAUACAGCAGGUGUAAAACAGAGUGAAAUGCUUACUUGCAAGCUCUUUCCCAGCAAUGCACUAUGAAUCAUGGGUAUCGGGUCCAGGAACAAGAUUGGUGACCUGACCUCUGUCAUAAAUCAAGUGACAAAGGAGGGAUGUUUAGAAAAGACUUGCCUGAAACCUGUUGGUUGUGUGUAAUGUUAUUUUCUUUAAGCUAAUUGACGAGUGGCCGUUUGAUUUGUUCCCAGGUUGCCUGGAGAUAGCCGAGGAGUUCCGCUCGCAGGAGAUCGAUGGCCAGUCCUUGCUGCUGUUGAAAGAGGACCACCUCAUGGGCACCAUGAACAUUAAACUGGGGCCUGCGCUCAAGAUCUUUGCCCAGAUCAGUAUGCUGAGAGACUCGUAGCCCCUCUCUGGAGUCGCUAAACACUGCAGGAAAAGACAAUGUUCUCUGGACCCCUCAACUCUGACCAUGCUCAAGCCUCCCACUGUGGCAGGUGGGUUCCAGGGUGGUGGCGGAUGGACGAAGGGUGUGUCUCUGUCCCAUAGAAGAUGAUUGUCUAUAGGAUAUUGACAGCGCUAUCGAAGUUUAGAGCUUUGACUCUGUGGACGUCUCCUAUGCCAUGCAGGAACCGUUAGCUACUGUAUGAGUUGUACUGUGGAUGGUAUACUAUGCACAAGUAGCUCACCCAGCCAGACUCCAAGUGGACAACAAGGUGGUACUUUAGUUCAGAAAUGCCAUAACUAGUAGUCAGUUUCUAAGAAUUGUGAGAUAGUUGCAUCGUAUAACUUUUCCAUAGAUAAUAUAUUUUUGGUUCUUGACUGGAAGUUGUUGUUUAGGGCAUUUUGGUCUUGGCGGAAAGUGGUUGAAUACCUGCCUAGGACUGUAUUUUACAGUUCAUGCCUUGAAUAGGAUGUAAUUAAGUAUUUUUUAAAAUAUAUAAAUUCAACAAAAUAUCCUAAGACAUUAUUGCAUCCUUGUUUUCUUUUUAAAAGAUCCAGUGUUUUGAGGAUUGCAAAUUGGAAUAACUUUGUUCACUUUCUCAAUUUGCACCUCAUUUAUUGUCCUGUCAAUAUUCUUUCUACUUCUGUGAAGGCCAUUUUCAAAGGGACAAGUUGUAACAAUAUGUAAUAGUCUGUCCUAACUGACCUCAAAGUAGUGUCCCUGGCCUCCAGAAAUCGUGACUAAUGGCAAUGGAUUUACUGUUUAUUAACUUGGUGUGAAAGCAAGAAAAAGUAACUGUCAUUCCAAGUUUGUAUUAUUUCAUGUGAUGUACUACUAGAGGUUUAAUUUGGCAGGAACAUUGUGGAGGGACGUUCAGGUUCCCUCACCUGGGGCCUCAUGUACAAAGACUUGCGUUGAAUUCAUACUAAAACAUUGCGUACGGACAAAGCCAUAAAUG